GCGCCAAUUUCUCAUCGUUCUAUUCUAAGCACCGUUCUUGCACUCACUUCUUCUUUCACCAAACCCUAAAUAGUUCCACUCUCCUUCAAUUCUUCUUCCAUCAAUGGCUGCAGCAACUCCUUCCAAGUCUUUUCAAACUCCCUCCAAACCCAAUCUACGAUCCCAAUCCAAUCUCAAAUCUUCGCCUGUUCUAACCCCCCUCACACCACAAACCCUACAUCUCCGCAGAUCCGUGCGCGCCAAGUCCCUCCUCUUCGAUUCCCCUAAACCUCCGCAUGCACCUUGUGAAGUCUCACUCACAACCCCUAAGCGGAAGACUCGACGAUCGAUUGAUUAUGUCGAAGAGGAUUGCAGCAAAAACAAAGCCACAACCCGCACAGUUCCAUCCGUUAAUGCAGCGAAGAAGAAGAGUGGGAAGCGUUCAAUUGAAACUUCCUUGGCUCCGGUAACGCCGGUUUCAUCGGCGAAGGGGAAGAGGAAGAGGGAGGGUGAGGAGAGUGUUGUCACCAGAGCUAAAAGGGGAAAACCAGAGAAUCGGAAAGGGAGUGCGAAAUUGCCUGGGAGGCGUGUGCAUUAUAAAAAAGUGGUUUACGAUGGAGGCGAAUUUGAAUUGGGUGAUGAUGUGUAUGUGAAAAGGAGAGAAGAUGCUACCUCAGAUGCUGAAGAUCCGGAAAUGGAAGAGUGCAGGAUGUGUUUUUUCUCAAAUGAUGAGGUGAUGAUUGAGUGUGACGAUUGUUUGGGUGGGUUUCAUUUGAAAUGCUUGAAGCCACCGUUGAAGGAUGUUCCUGAAGGGGAUUGGAUAUGUGGGUUUUGUGAGGCUCUUAAGAUGGGUAAGGAAGUUCAGUUUCCAAAGCCUCCCAAGGGUAAAAAAUUGGUUAGAACUAUGAGGGAGAAGCUUCUUUCCAGUGAUUUGUGGGCUGCGCAUAUUGAAAGCAUAUGGAAAGAAGUGGAUGGCAACUACUGGUGUCGGGUGCGGUGGUAUACAAUUCCAGAAGAGACUUCUGUUGGGAGGCAACCACAUACUCUUAAAAGGGAGUUAUAUCGAACUAAUGAUUUUGCGGACAUUGAGAUGGAAUCUGUUCUUAGACAUUGCUAUGUCAUGACCCCAAAAGAAUAUGCUAAAGCUAGCAAUGAGGGAGAUGAUGUUUUUUUAUGUGAAUAUGAAUAUGACAUCCAGUGGCACAGUUUCAAACGGCUCGCUGAUAUUGACAAUGAAAGAGAGAAUGACGAAGGGACUGACAGUGACGAAGACUGGAAUCUUGACAAGGAACCAGACUCUGAUACAGAUGAAGAUGUUGAAUAUGAAGAGGAAAAUAUUAAAAGUGCACAAUCUCAGCCAUUAACAAGCCAUCAGUUAGCUGCUAAUCUGCACAAGGGACGGUUCUUUGGGCUUCAGAAGAUAGGUGCAAAAAGAAUUCCACAGCAUGUAAGGUGUCACAAACAGACUGAUCUUGAAAGAGCAAAGGCUACACUGCUGUUAGCAUCGCUGCCAAAAUCUUUACCUUGUAGAAAUAAAGAAAUGGAGGAGAUAACUGCAUUCAUUAAAGGUGCUAUUUCUGACGAUCAAUGUCUGGGGCGUUGCCUCUACAUUCAUGGUGUUCCGGGAACUGGCAAGACAAUGAGUGUACUAUCAGUAAUGAGGAGUUUGAAGUCAGAAGUUGAUGCAGGGAACAUCCAACCAUACACUUUUGUGGAGAUUAAUGGUCUGAAAUUGGCAACACCAGAAAAUAUUUAUAGGGUCAUAUAUGAGGCAUUAAAUGGACAUAGGGUCAGCUGGAAAAAGGCUCUCCACUUGCUAAAUGAGAGAUUUGUAGAAGGAAAGAAAACCAGAGAAGAGGCUGACCGGCCAUGUAUUUUACUUAUUGAUGAACUUGAUCUUCUAGUAACCAGAAACCAGUCGGUUCUGUACAAUAUUCUUGACUGGCCUACUAAGCCACAUUCCAAGCUAAUUGUCAUAGGGAUAGCAAAUACUAUGGAUCUUCCAGAGAAGUUACUCCCUCGUAUAUCAAGCCGAAUGGGCAUACACAGGCUUUGCUUUGGCCCAUAUAAUUAUCAACAGCUUCAAGAAAUCAUUUCAAGUCGCCUCAAGGGGCUUGAUGUAUUUGAAAAGCAAGCUAUAGAAUUUGCUUCAAGAAAGGUUGCGGCAAUCUCAGGAGAUGCACGUCGUGCUUUGGAGAUAUGCAGACGUGCAGCUGAAAUAGCAGAUUAUCGUAUGAAGCUAAUUUCAAAUCCUGAUUUUUCUACUUCGGGAAAAGGACUUGUUGGUAUGGUAGACGUUGAAGCAGCCAUUCAAGAAAUGUUUCAAGCACCUCAUAUUCAAAUGAUGAAAAGCUGUUCCAGGCUCAGCAAAAUUUUCCUGACAGCCAUGGUGCACGAGCUUUAUAAAACCGGAAUGGGGGAAACCACUUUUGAAAAGUUGGCUAUGACGGUUUCACGUCUCUGUACCAGCAACGGAGAAGUGUUUUCUGGAUAUGAUACUCUCCUGCGAGUUGGCUGUAAGCUGGGUGAAUGCAGGAUUAUUUUAUGUGAAGCAGGUGCCAAGCACAGGUUGCAGAAAUUGCAGCUUAAUUUCCCGAGUGAUGACGUGGCAUUUGCGCUGAGAGACUGCAAAGAUGUAACUUGGUUGUCAAAGUAUCUGAAUUAGGAAUCAGAAUUACAUUAUGUCAAACACACCGAGAUACCUGGCGAGAAGGAACAAAAACUAAGCCCCAGUAAGAGCUAAUGAAAGAACAAUUUUGCCCAUAACUUUUCUUUUUUAUAUUCUUUAUGACUUGCAUGAUUUUCAUCGUCUUUAACACUUUAAAAUAAUAUAUCAUUUGGUGUUGCAUUUUUUGUUCAAUGAAAAGAUAAUUCUCUUUAAACUUUUCCUUGUAAAAUUAU